AUGAAAUUCGAUGAUCGAUUGGGGAAUAAUCAAAUUGAAAGCGAACAAAAUGAAGAUUUAAAGAAUAACGCCUUAGACGACAAUGAAAUACGAUUUUUUAAUAAGGAUAUAAAAAACCAAAAGGAUCAACAUAGGGAAGAAGAAUAUAAACCUCACAAAAACUCCGAGUUUGAAUCUGUACCCGAUUUUCUUUUAUAUGAUCAGAUGUCAGAGGCUGAAAAAAAGAAACAUGUGCAGGAAAAAAUGGAACAUGAAUUUAAAUCACCUGGGAAUGAUUUUUCAUUUGGAAAAAAUUAUGAAGAUAUUCAUUUGAAGUCAUCUACUAAUAGUCUUUCCGAUACAAACCGCGAAGUGUAA